AUGUCCAAUGAAGAGAAGCCUGAGAGAAAGUCGGGUCUCCUUCGGAGCUCGGCAGCCAAUGUACUAGCAACUCUAGCCGCAGUGGCUGCCUGCCUGUUUUGCUCGAUGCGUUUGGGAAGUAUUUUGAAACCUAUCAGAAAGGCAAUGGAAGAAAAUUCGGGUGCUACCCGUGAUUUAAUAUUCAAGGUUGGCCAAGUAGUGUCACUCUCAGCCCUUGCUUCCUUGCCUGUAUUUGUUAUAUGGACGACUUAUCGUUCCUUCAAGUUCACAAGAGAGCUUUCCGCUCCUUCUGAGCAACGGCCCAGCUGCGCAAUAGCCGGCAGCCCUACAGGAAUAUGUAUACCUCUUAAGUGUUCGAGAAAGAGAUAUACAAAUUCAAGUGAUCUUGUUCAUUGCAAUUCGCUGCGAACUUUCAAUAUCAAUAGCAGUAUAAGUGAAGAGACCUCCAUUCUUCGGGCCCCAGCCCGUAUUAAACAUAACGGUCUAAUUUCUUAUGAAGCAACUUGA